CUACAGUGGUCAUACGGUGUGCUCCUAUGGGAGAUUUUCAGUAAGGGUGCAAAACCGUAUCCAGGAAUUCCCAACCAAGAUGUGUAUGAUUUCUUGAAGAGAGGUCAACGCAUGGAUGCUCCCAAGAACUGCCCGCCAGAAGUCUACGGCAUAAUGGUAUGUUGCUGGCAGGACAACCCAAAAUCACGUUGCACCUUCGUCCAAGUUGCUAACGAGCUGGAAGAACUGUUGGAGGGAGACCGUGACUACGUAGCAGCUCCUAGUGCGGGUGUGGUUGGUAAGCGACCCAUCGAACAUCGCGAAGAACCUGGUGUCAAAGACGACAGCUAUCUGGUCCCGAUGCAGCAGGAGACCGCCUUUGGUGCUGACGGACCGUGUAGUGACAGAGAAACCAGCGGGAGCCAUGCGACCGCCGCCCGUGAUCCCUUGGAUUAUGUCAAUAAAAUUGUCAUUAGAUAA